AUCGCUACAGUAGGACGGAGAACGUCAGGACUCACUUUCAUCAUAUUUCUCUUACAACUGUAGUGGAGAAUUGCCUACUAUGAACAGAAACUCUUCCUAAAAUCAAAAACAAGUAGAUCCUAGUGAAGUGACGCAUAAGCCAGUAGAUUCCAGUGUCGAGUUGUAAUUUUUUGCACCUCAAUGUAACGUUAGCUAACGUUAGAGGAAAUGGCUGUGGAAAGCAUGACUGUCCAUCCAAACUCCCCAACUACCAACCACGAACACAACAGUCUCCUGACUGACGAAAGGCCGGAGGAUGGCGAGUUGGAGGAGGGCGAGCUGGAAGAUGAUGGAGGAGAUGUGGCGGAGGACGAGAUGGGUGGAGGUACGUCCGCAGCAGGAGGAGGCGGAGAUGGGGGCGAUGAAGUGGGCGGAGGAGGUGACGCAGGAGGGGACGGCGCCGGGGAAAGGCCCCGGCGAAGUAAGGAGCUUCACGCCAGCAGCAAUUCAGACGACGAGAGAUCCCACCGUCGCAAGAGGAAGAGGAAGAAGGAGAAGGAGCGAGAAAGGGAGAAGAGGAGGUCGAAGAAGAAACGCAAAUCCAAACACAAACGUCAUGCAUCCUCUGAUGAUGACCACUCGGACUACAGUGAUGACUCCGACUACAGUCCCAGUGAGAAGAGGAAGUAUAGAGAGUACAGUCCACAGUACCCCCCUCCUUCUCACGGGGGCUAUGGUGGCUCAAAGAAAGGCAGCUACAUGAAGAUGGAAAAGCAGAGCUAUGGAGGCUAUGAUGACUAUGAAGAUGACUACGAGGGAGAGGAAGAGGAGGACAUGGGAGAAGAAGACUAUGACGACUUCACCAAGGAGCUCAACCAGUACCGCAAGGCCAAGGAGGGAGGAGGCGGCCGCAGUGGUCGAGGGGGUAAAGGUCGCAUGAAGAGCCAGAGAGGUCGCGGAGGAAUGAGAGGAGGGAGGAGGGGGAGAGGCGGAAGCAGAGGAAGAGGAGGUCGAGGCGGAGGGGGAAAGAUGGGAGGAGACAAUGAUGAUGGAGACGGCUAUGGAGAUGAGAUGGAGUAUGGAGAUGAUGACUAUGACAACAUGGGGGAUGAUGACUACGACGACUACUCAAAAGAACUCAACCAGUACAAGAAGUCCAAAGACAGAGGCAGAGGAGGUAAAGGUGGCCGCGGACGAGGGAGGGGUAAAGGAGGACGUGGUAUGAUCAGAGGAGGAAGGGGUCGAAACCGCGGGAGAGGAAGAGGUGACAUGGGGAUGGAUGACGACAACAACGGAGACAUGGACAAUGGGGAUGGAGGUGGAGGAGGCGAUGGACCAGGACUUGGGAGGAGGAAUCAGAAUGAGAAGCACCAUGAUAAGAAAGGAAAGGCCAUCUGCAAAUACUACAUCGAGGGGAGAUGCACCUGGGGGGACCACUGCAACUUCAGCCACGACAUUGAGCUUCCCAAGAAGAAGGAGCUAUGCAAGUUCUACAUCACUGGAUUUUGUGCCCGAGCCGACCACUGUCCUUACAUGCAUGGUGAAUUUCCCUGUAAGCUGUUCCACACCACAGGGAACUGUGUCAAUGGUGACGAAUGCAUGUUCUCCCAUGAAGCCCUCAAUGAUGACACCCAGGAGCUUCUCAACAAGAUGCUGGCAGAGGAUGCAGAAGCUGGAGCUGAGGAUGAGAAGGAGGUGGAGGAGCUGAAGAAGCAGGGGAUCAACCCUCUCCCCAAACCCCCUCCUGGAGUUGGCCUCCUUCCCACCCCUCCUCGGCCUGUUCCUGUAGACACCAACACAGGGGCUGGGGAUUUUGGCGGGCCUCCUGUGGGUGACUUUGGGGGUCUUCCUGGACCUAACCAUGGGCCCAUUCCCAGCAAAGUUCCCCCAGGACCAGGACCAGGACCAGGACCAGGUCCUGUACCUGGGCUUAACCCCUGUGUGGGUCCCCCUGUCCAUGGCCCUGAAGGAAGUCCCUUCCAAGGAGGGCUCCCAAAUCCCAGUGGCCCUCCUCCACACAUGGGCCCCCCACCUCCUUGUGGUGGAGGAGGAGGUGGUGGUGCGGGGAAGAAGAUCCCCUCAUUGUUUGAGAUUAAAGUUCAGCCGACGGGACAGCUGGCACAGAAACUGGCCGUCAGGGGCCAGACUCCCACUGGCACCCAGGGUCAGGCUGCUGCACCUGGACCCCAAGGGGCCCCUACUGCCCCUCCCACCUGCUUCCCUACCCCUCCAGGCAUGAUGUCCCCUGACAUGCAGAACAUGGGCCCCAACCUUGGGAUAAACCAGGGAACCUCGAACAUGGCCCCUGGUGGACCGCCCAUGAUGGGAGGAUUUGCACCUGGUGAAGGCCCUCCACAUGGAGGCGCUAUGCCUCCGGGUCCUCCUCAUGGUGGGGGAAACUUCUUCAACAACUUCUUCAAUCAGCAGGAUGGUAUGAAGAUGGAGGGAGUGGUGCAAGAAGGUGACAACUACCAGGGUUUUGCUGGCAUGGACGAGAGAGGAGGAGCAGGGAAAUUUGGUAAUCAGUCAGCUGGACAAGAAGACUCUGCUAAUGGAGUCUCAGCCAAUCAGGGAGGGAUUUCUGUGCCUGACUUCCUGCCUCCAGCGCAGCGGGUCCUGUUCAUGAGGAUCCAACAGAAGCAGCAGGAAGAAGAGGAAAGAGCUCGCAGGAUGGCCGAGGGAGGAGCAGAGAAGAGUAGAGACACUGAAGGUGACUCAGGGAACUGGUAUUCCAGUGAGGAUGAGGAUGGCGGUGGAAGCGUGACCUCCAUCUUAAAGACGCUCCGCCAACAGACCCAGGCUCCUCAAAAAUCUGAUGGCCCCCCGAGCGACCCUCGCCUCCAGAAGGCCGCUCCUGCCGCCGCUCCGGCUCGGCCGGCAGACCCCCGCUUGGCUCGAGACCCACGGCUGGCACGGGCUGCAGAGUCGCCGCAAAUCUCAGACUCCACCCACUCCGUACCGGCUCCAUCUUCCUCUGGACCACCUGUAGACCCCAGGUUAGCCAGGCUAUCUGCUGCUGCCUCAGCUGGAUCCACCUCCCUCUCGCCUCCUGCUCCGAAACCAGAGCCUCCUCUGGUCUACAAGCCCCCGCCACUUACAACCCCGGCAGCAGAUGAGGAGGAGACAGAGCGAGUCCUACGGGACAAACCAGUGCCGAUUCCUCUGGACCCGCUGAUGGGUAUGGCCCUGAGAGAUCCUCGCUCACAGCUGCAGCAGUUCAGCCACAUCAAGAAGGAUAUUGUUCUCCACAUGCCAGCCUUCUCCAAAACCAUCACCUGGUCACCUGAAGAUCUCCUUCCGCUCCCUAUCCCCAAGCAGGACCUCCUUCCACUCCCGCCAGGCAUCCCGCCUGUCUCCUCUAUAGACCCACGUCUGUCCCGUGCUCAGCAGCUGCUCCAUACAUCACUCCCUCACACACAGCCUCCCCCUGUACAGCCUCCUCCCUCCAUGGACUCCCCUGCACCCUCUUCCUCUACCUCCUCCCUCCCAGACUUUGAGCUACUCUCUCGUAUCCUGAAGACUGUCAACUCCAGCCCGUCCCAGACCCCCUCCCCUCCUCUCUUACCUGCCCCUAUUGCCCCUGUGUCGCUGCUGGGUACCCCUGCCCCCAUUCCUCCCGCACCUGCAGAAAAGCCUGUUGACCCUCGAGUGGCCCGAAAAGGCCCUUUAGACCCCCGUCUCCAGCCUCAGAAGUCAUCACUGAAGCAACCAUCAGAUCCCGCGCCUCCUCCUGUCUCCUCGCCCUCUCUUGCAACAACGUCUAGCUCCUCCCCACCUACCAUUGCCCCCUACGACCCACGGCUGCUCUCCUCAGGUGGGGCAGGGUGCGGUGUGGGAGCCGGGUCACCAGGUGGAGCCAGUGUGCUGAGCUGCAUCAGUCUGUAUGACCCUCGGACUAACAAACCAGGCAGCCCUGGUACCAGCAGUGGCUCUAACAACUCCCCCAACUCAGCCAGCACCGAGUCCAAACCCAGUGACCCCACAACAAGUAAACCCAAGUCCAAGGAACCCCUGUUUGUUCGGAAGUCUGCAUUGGACCAACCAGAGCCGGAGAAAAGCGGAGAGCAAGGGACGGAUCGUUACAACAGCUACAACAGGCCCCGGCCCAAGCCCGCACCCUCGCCUAAUUCCACGGCCCAGGGCGGGCCCGCUGCUGCCGGGGCAGCUGCAGCUGGAGGUCAGGGCGCUCCUGGAGCUGCUGCGGAUCAGGGGCCCGCCGGCGUCCACAACCUACCAGUGUCCUCUCUAUUUGGCGUGGUGAAGCAGGCGACCAAGCCUGGCGGGACGAGUAGCCCCUUUGGAGGCAACAGCCCAGUGCAAUCUGAUCAGGCAGCCACAGAGCAGGACAAUGCCUCGCUGAAGGAGGUUUUCAAAGGCUUUGACCCCACAGCCUCCCCCUUCUGCCAGUGACCCCCCCACCCCACCGAAGCCCAUCAUGUGGUUGGCUUGUUUUAACAUUUUUGGACACUGAGCAGAUCAGUGAAAAGGAGAAAGAAAGCGCACUGAGGCAACUUCCUGUAAGACUGGUUAAGAAGACAAACUUCUGUGAACGAACUGAUGUCACACAACAUGUCACACACAUGCACACACACACACACACACACACACACACACACACACACACUUUACCACAGUGUUGCAGAUUCAGAUUCUAUAAAAGACUCUUGGGUUAUGGGAAGGGUUUAAAGUUAAAUCUCUAAAGCUCUAUUUUAAAAAGACUUAUUGAUGUAUGAAUAAAUGUAUCCUCUUCAUCUCAAUGCUUAGUGAAAACAGUUAUUUAGACAGCGACACCUUUUUUCAUUACCCCCUUGAUUUCAGUUCAUCUGCUCAAUUCUUUUGUAAAUUUUCUCAUCUUUCAACUGUUUGAUGUGCUCGUCUGUAUUUUUGGGCAGUUAAAGUUGACUGUGGUCUUGGCAGCAGUUGAAAAGAUGGGAUACACCUCAAUUUUUCACAGCAAAAUAUUGCUUAUUUGCAGUGUUUUUGUGAUUAAAUGAACAGCACUGAGGCACUGUUGCCCAUUGGUGUCUUCGUCACUGCCUUUGCAUUCACUGUCCUCUAUAACCCCUGUGGAAAAUGUUCAGUUUUGUCAAACAAUAGCAAACAUUUUGUUUAUUACAACUCACCUUGUAACACGAACCUAAACUUAAAUCUAUAAUCUGCUUCUUUAUUUUUUAGUAUUUAUUUUUCUACUUCUUUGCACUGUCAGUUCAUGUCCUCUGAGAGCCGUAGUAACGUUUUUAAUGUCUGUUGCUCCUCCAGCUGUUCAUAUACUGUUUCAUUUCAGGUAUUUAGCUCUUACCCAAAACAGGUAACGUCAUCGGUACAGGAAGUGACCUGUGACCUUUCUGUACUGCCUCUCUAACCACUAUGCCACAGUUGUUAUUGUUUUCCCCAUUUACACAGUUUUUACAGGUGAUCACAGAUUUUCACAUCAACAUUUUGUUUUAUUGGUUUGUGAAAACGGAAAGCCUCCAGUUCAUAAAUGACAGGUUCUUUAGCUUUAAGGUAAAAAUAAGGUAGAGGUUUAGUCAGCCUUGCUUCAUUAACAUUUCAUCCUUUUCCUUUUGAUCAGAGUAGGACACUUUGAAUCACUGACUCAGUUCACCAUCUAGCCUUGAGCUUUUAGUUAUUUUGUUUUUAUGAACUGUUAAAAAUGGAGAGAAAACUUACAGGACAGGACUGCAGAUUUCUGUGAGUGGUUGGUCGAGUGGAAUUAAUUCGCAGCCUUACAGCACAAGCUUUUGGCUUCAGUGGUUGGUGACAGUGUGACAAUCAUAAAUGGACUUGGACCUAAACGUCGGUUAAUGCAUGAAUCUUGCAUUGAUCUGUGCAGGUGCACCCUCUGCUGUCAGAGCUCUGCAUUAAGAGAACCUUGCCUUUCAAAUCUUAACAUGAUCUGUGUAAAAAAAAAUAUUCCAUACAGACUGAACAUGGUUUUCUCUCAGGUUUGCAGCAAAAGAAGUGCACAUUUCAUGAUGGAAAUGUUCAUUUGAGAUGGAGUCACAGUUGUUUAAGUUGUUGCUUCAAUGUUUUCUCCCUUCCUAGUUCGGCCCCCACCAUAAAUGAAGUCAGAAGUUAGUGCAGUACAAGCAAGUCGUUCCCAUUUGCCUGAAAAGCCAGUGACCUCAUCGCCAGGCUAGUUUGGCUUGGGGUCACUGUCGUGGAGCUCAUUGAAGUUUUUGACUUCUAGAAGGUUAAGAUUGUACAACAGCUGUCAGGAUUGUUGACCAUCUUGUGUAUAAAUGUUGAUCAUUUUAAUUUAUUUUUUUAUACUUGGGUAAAUAUACUUCCUCACUUGACAUUUUUGAACUGAACCAUUUUAUAUGUCAGGAAUAUGUGAUUACCGCUCACCUCAGUGGGAUGUAGGCAGCCUGCAACAGCGUCAAGAGAGGAGAAAGACAUAUUUUUUUUAUUUGGUUUUGUGUAUAAAGUUUCAAACUAACAGAAAAUUCACUAUGGCUCCCUCCUGCCAGGUCAUGAAAAAGCUAGUUUCACCUAUAGCAAGUGUGAAAGUUCUUGUUGAUUUGUUCUUUCCUUUAUGGCUUUGUUGUUUUAUAAGUUAGAUUUUUUUCUUGCUAUGUAAAUUUGACCAGUAUCCUGUCUUUGGGGAAGUGGAGUUUUCUAACUGUACACUGUAGGUGAGGUUCAAAUUAUUUAAAUAAAGUUGAUACAUGAUCAACCAG